AUGAUAUGGGAGUAUUAUAACGGCAAAAUCCUGUUUGUCACUGGUGGGACGGGAGUCAUAGGCACUGCGCUCCUUUAUCGUCUCUUGACCCAAUCCGCGCCAAAAAGGGUCUAUGUGUUGAGCCGCGGUGGUUACUCAAAUGCAAAGGCAAAAUGGUCCAGCUUGAUGCCUGCUCACUUUGCCAAGGUCCUUUACGAUAGCAAAUGUAUGACCGUCAUGGAUGGUGAACUGGGAGACACGGCAACAAUGGAUCUAUCCGAUGAGGACCUGCAAAUGCUGAAAAGAACGGUACACAUCAUUAUCCACGCUGGUGCCACUAUGGAGGUCACAAACUCGCUCCGCGAGCUAUCAUACAAAAUCAUCGCGCCAACCCUGUGUUUGACUCAAUAUGCAUUGAAAUUCGCCAACCUGGAACGAUUCGUGUUUCUUUCGACAGCAUAUGCCAAUGCCCACCUGUGGAAAACCAGCAAAUCUUCCGACGUUCAGGUCGAGGAGAGGGUGUACCCCCUGGGAGACGAAAGCGAGGAUCUACCUUAUGCGACAGCCCCGGAAAUAUGGAAACAAGUACAGAAGACGGGUUCAUCAGACGAGUACGACGCACAUGACUUUCCCUGGCCCUUUGCCUAUGCCAAACACCUUGCCGAGCGGCUAGCUCUUGAGAAAGCCGCCCAGAAAAACGCAAUGGAUAAGAUUCUUAUCAUUCGCCCUUCGGUCGUUGGCCCAGCUGAUAAAUUACCUUUCCCGGGUUUCACAACCUCAAAAACGACCCCGUCUACUGCCUGUGCUGCUGCAUACGCACUACACCCGGGUCGGAAGAUAAUGCUAUCCUCACGCUGCCCGAACCCAGACCAAGAGGUUACCAUCGAUGAAGUCCCCGUGGACGUCGUCGCAGAUCGACUACUUGUGCACGUAGCCCUGGGCUCGAGCGGAUGUGUCCAUGCCGUCAGUGGGGAGAAGGGCAGACUUCGGAUUGAGGACUGGUGGAGUGCGUUCAAAAAUGAGCGUCGACUUCCUUGGAAUGUGAAACCUGUUUGGACGUCUGAAGAUUGGCACUCUACGAAUCUGCAUCAUAUGGCGCGGGAUUUCAAAAUCAUCGGGACUUCGUUUGCGUUUUCCGAUGAUAAGACCGAUGCACUGGCGGAGAAGAUUAGUGCGGAAGAAAGCGACAAACUUCUCCUUUAUGCAGAUCGGUCGAAGCCGUAUCAUCAUACUAUAGUACAUCAACGGCAUCAUAUUCAUAAUGCGGCGAGGUCUUUGGCUAAAAAGACGGGAUGGCCCAUUUGUUCGGUGCGAUUACUUUGUCGGAAGGGUCAAUCUCCGCUGCAGAUGAACCAACCGAAUGAGAAGGCUGUAAAAUGA